AUGAACACUUAUGAAGAAUACGAUGAAGAGGAGCUCAAUGACUUCAUCAUCCAGCUCGGCAUUCAAGACUCCUGCCAAGAUGCCUUUCUGAAAUCUGCAGCAAGCUUAGCAGCAGCGACGGAUGAAAACCUGAGAGUCCUGGCUGCCAUCGAGCAAGGUGAGGUCUCGGUGCUCAGGGAGAUGCUGAGCCACACCUUCGCCUUCAGGGAGUCGGACAGCCGCGGCUGGCUUCCCGUCCAUCGGGCUGCAUCCCAGCCGGUCCUGGAGGUUCUGGAGACGGUGUUGAGAUUGGCAGCUCAGGGGCUCAGCCUGGAGGAGAGGACGGCGGUGGGAGGGGAGACGCCGCUCACCCUGGCAGUUCAAGCCGGACUGGUGCAGAACGCGAGGAGCCUGCUGGAGCACGGAGCCUCGCCCCACAACACCAACAGCAAGAACGAGUCACCGCUGCUGCUCGCGGUGAGGGCCGGCUCUUACGAGAUGACGUACACGCUGGUCGCUCAGGGCGCCUGGGUGGAGCAGGUCUGUCGCAAGAAGUGGACGGCGAUGCACGAGGCGGCCAAGGUCGGCAGCGUGGACAUCCUGAUGCUGCUGCUGAGGAACGGCGGCCGGGUAAACCACAGGGAUGUGACCGGAGUGACGCCGCUCGCCGUGGCCGCAGAGCACGGACACUCCCAGAUCGCUGAGAUUCUGCUGAACUGUGGUAGCAGAGUGAACUCUCAGGCCUGCAAUGGGGAAAGCGUCCUGCUGGACGCCGCCGGAUCAGGAAACGUCGCCUGCAUUCAGCUGCUGCUGGACAACGGAGCCGACCCCAACCUGCCCAGCGCCACCGGACACCUGCCCAUCCACAAGGCAGCCUACGCCGGACACCUCGACGCUCUGAAGAUGCUGAUACCUCUGACCACCAAGAAGGCCGUCAAAGAGGCGGGUCAGAGCCCGGUCCACUCUGCGGCGGAGGGAGGCCAGAGGUGCUGCCUGGAGCUCCUGCUGGCCUGCAGCUUCGACGUCAACUACCGCAUGAACACCAGGAACUCAGAAAACUACCGCGACAUGAGGAGGAGCGCCUUGUACUUCGCAGUCUCCAACGGGGAUGUGGACUGCACCAGAGUCCUGCUGGCGGCCGGGGCCAAGACUGACCUGGACCCGCUGUGCUGCCUCCUGGUGGCAGUCAGGUCGGGGCGCUACGACAUCGUGAAGCUGCUGCUGGCGGCCAAAGCAGACGUGAACUGUUACUUCACGGUGGUGAGCGACACGGUGUUUCCCACGGCGCUGCAGUACUGCCUGAAGGACGAGGUGAUGAUGAGGCUGCUGCUGAACAACGGCUACAACGUGGAGAGGUGCUUCUACUGUCACCAUGACAACCCCUUUGAUGCUGUGGAGGAGGGGGAGGGGAAAAUUCCAUUCUGUGAGUUCAUGAACCUCUGCUGCAUCAUGUAUCUGUCCGGGAGCGUGGUCCGGAUCCUGCUGGACUACGUCAGCCACGUUCACAUCUGCUCCAAACUCAGACUCAUCCUGGAGAAACAGACAGAGUGGCCUGACAUCUGUGACAUCCUCAGCAGCCCUCGCCCCCUCAGACACCUCUGCAGACUGGAGAUCAGGCGGCGUCUGACCCUGAAGAGGCUCAACAACCCUGAAAUCAUGAACUCGCACAUUUUCCCUCCCAGACUCAAGAGCUUCAUCCUGUACCAGGAGCUCGACCUCUACGGCCAGGACCCUGAACGCAUCAUGUGA